AUGGCUCUCAUCUCCCUCGCAUCCCUCCUGCUCCUCGCCGGCAGCGCCGCGGCCAACCCCAACAUACUCUACGUCACCUCGUACGCGGGCACCAUCACGACGCUGAACCUGACGGAGACGACGCCCCCGGCGGGUGGCAAGUACCCCUCGGUCAAGGCCGUGGCCACCAGCGACGGCUGCAAGGCCAGCCCGUCGUGGCUGACGCUCAAGCAGCCGUGCCCGAUGCUGUACUGCAUCGACGAGGGUCUCGAGACCCCUGGCGGCUCGCUCUCGUCGUACCGCACCAACGACGACGGCACGUUGACCCAGAUCGGCAAGGUCACCACCGCUCCGGGCCCGGUGAGCGGCGUCUUUUACGGCGCCAAGGGCCACGGCUUUGCCAUGGCGCACUAUGGCGGCUCCACGCUCAGCACCUGGGACGUUAGCGAUCCGGCCAACAUCAAGAACGUGCAGUCGACCAAGUUCACCGAGCCCGCCGGGCCUAACCCCCAGCAGAACGCGCCGCACCCGCACGAAGCCGUGCUCGACCCGACCGGCCGCUUCCUCGUCGUCCCGGACCUCGGCGCCGACCUGGUCCGCCUCUUCUCGCUCGACAACCAGACGCUCCAGGCCACCGCGCUGCCGCCCGUCAAGGCCAAGCCGGGCAGCGGCCCGCGCCACGUCGCCUUCGCCGUCCACGGCGCCAAGACCUACCUGUACCUGAUCACCGAGCUCGGCAACACGAUUGUCGGCUACGACGUCGGCUACGAAGGCGCCGGUAUCAGCCUGAAGGAGAUCUUCGACAUUGGUGUGCACGGCGAGGGGAGGCAAGUCCCCGACAAGGCGGCCGCGUCCGAGAUUGUCGUUUCCCCUGACCAAAAGUUCCUUGUCGCGUCGUCGCGCCGCGAAAACAUCUACAAGGUGGACAGCUUCGACGACAAGACCAAGCAGAUCGACUCCGACUCCAUCAUCAACUUCUCCAUCGACGCCGGCACCGGCAAGCUCACCUUCCUGCAGGAUGUGCCCUCGGGCGGCAGCUUCCCGCGCCACUUCUCGAUGAACAAGGCCGGCACCAAGAUCGCCAUCGGCCUGCAAAAGGACUCCCGCGUCGUCGUCAUGCAGCGCGACCCGGCGACGGGCAAGCUCGGCGACUUUGAGUCGUUUGCCAACAUCGCAGGUGAGAUUACCUCGGUCAUCUUUGACGAGUAA